CGAGCGCUGCUGCUGAUGUCACGAGCAGCACCAGUCGGUCCGGCGGAGCUGAGGACGGAUGAUGGCGACCGUCGGAGCCGCUCCGUUACGGUCCGUUUGACGGAGAUUAAGAAGCAGGAACCGCCACAUUUCGCUCCGGAAGCUGCCUCCGCCAUGGAAGCUCCCGUGUUUCCCGACCAGAGCCAGCUGCUGCUGUUCCUCCGGAGGCUCAAGGAGGUGUUCGACGUCUGUGACGAGGAUGCCGACGGCUUCAUCCGGGUGGAGCAUUUGGUGGACCUCGGUCUCCAAUUCGGUCAAGGAGAUGAGGUGAAGAAGUUGACUAAGUACCUGGAUCCUAACGCUCACGGGAAAAUCAACUUCAAGGACUUCUGCCAUGGAGUGUUCGCUAUCAAAGGCUGUGAGGAAAUCCUGAAGAUGGCCAUGGGUCCUCGUGGUCUGACCUCCCGCCAGCCGUCCGUCACUGACAACGGCUACAUUUACCAGAACGGCGAGGCUAAGCUGGGCCCUCCGAUCAUCAUGUGUACGCGAUCCUACCCAGAAUGCACUGAGGGCUGUGGAGCUGAUGGAGAGUGUGAUAUGGACAGCAGCGCCGAAAACAGCAACAGCUCUGACUCACUGCACCCGACACGGCAAGACAGACACCUGAACGGCUCGGCGUCUGCAUCCGUCAUCUCCGGGGAGGAGCAGUUUGAAGACUACGGCGAGGGAGAGGAUGUGGAUUUUACUCCCAGCAGCCCUUGUCCUGAAGAAGACACCAGAACAAAUGGUUUCACUGACAUGGGAUCCUCGCUUCCCUCAAGUGCAGGGCAGACUCCUCAGAAGAUGAGGCAGCUCUAUAACAGCGAGCUGCUGGACAUCUACUGCUCUCAGUGCUGCAAGAAGGUCAAUCUGCUCAACGACCUGGAGGCUCGACUCAGAAACCUCAAGGCCAACAGUCCCAACAGAAAGAUUUCCAGCACAGCAUUUGGCCGCCAGCUGUUCCAGGCCAACCACAGCGUGUUCGGGUCCAGUCAGGGCAGCAGCACAGAGGAUCUGUUCACCGACAGCAUCGACUCCUGCGACCUCGACAUCACAGAAAAAGUCAGCUACCUGGAGAAGAAGGUGACAGAGUUGGAAAGCGACAGUCUGGCCAACGGAGACCUGAAGUCUAAACUCAAACAGGAGAACACACAGCUGGUACACAGGGUCCAUGAGCUGGAGGAGCAGGUGAAGGAUGCAGAGACGAAGGCAGAUCAGAGUCUGGAGGAGGAGAUGAAGAGGCACCGGGAAGCUUUCAGCAAGAUGGAGAGAGACAGGAACACAGAGAUAGACCUGCUCUGUAACAGGGUACAGCAGUUAGAAGAUGAGAAUGGAGAAAUGAAGAUAAAUGUGUGCAGACUGAAGUCUCAGACAGAGAAGCUGGACCAGGAGAAGCAGAAGAUGACGGACAAGCUGGAGGACACCAGUCUGAGGCUGAAAGACGAGAUGGAUCUGUACAGGAAGAUCAUGGACAAGCUCUGGCAAAACCGCCACGAGUUCCAGAAGGAGAAGGAGGCCAUGCAGGAGUUAAUUGAUGAUCUGCGCCGGGAGCUGGAGUAUCUGCAGCUGUUUAAGCUGGAGAUGGAGCAUCCGGGGAAGGGGAAGGGGCUGUCUGAGUUCAACGCCAGGACCAGGGAGAUCGAGAUGGAGCACGAAGUGAAGAGGCUGAAACAGGAGAACCAUAAGCUGAGGGACCAGAACGACGACCUGAACGCUCAGAUUCUCAGUCUGAGUUUGUACGAAGCCAAGAACCUGUUUGCCUGUCAGACCAAGGCUCAGUGCCUGGCAGCCGAGAUCGACAACGCCUCCAGAGACGAGCUGGUGGAUGCUUUGAAGGAGCAGGAGGAGAUCAACCUUCGUCUGAGGCAGUACAUGGACAAAAUCAUUCUGGCCAUUCUGGACCACAACCCCUCCAUCCUGGAGAUCAAGAGUUAAACACACACACACACACACACACACACACAGACACAGACACACACACUUGCAUUAGUGUAGCUGUGAUAAUCUAACAUUAUUUUAGCAUCAGCCCACGUGUUGAAGUUGUAAUCCUUAAGAUCUCAGUCCUGGUUGAUGUGGUGACACCUGUGAUUACUGCUCUAUUUAAACCUAUUUUACUGUUAAAAAUGCAGACUAUAAUGGUGUUUUUCAGAUGUAUUUUAUUGGUGUCAUUUUGGCCAGCGAGUACUUCUGUUUCACCAGUUGAAUGCCUUCAGUAUGAACCACAAACAUCUGGAAAUUAGCAUUAGUGACACCCCGAUACAGCUGGCAUUAUAAUCACAAAACAACCCUGGACUACAUUCUGCAUCGUUUCUGUGAAUCCCUCAUUCAUGUGAGGCCUGUUUGAGGGCAAACCCCACCAGGAACAAUAAAAAGUACAAUACAGAGAAGUGAUUACAGAAUGUAAAUGGUUUGAUAUCUUGAAAAUUUUAAGGAUUAUAACUUCAAACCAGAGCUCAAACUCUGAAUGUCCCUGAGUUUAAUUAAAUGGACGCACACACUAACAUAUAUCUGCACCAUCACAGCAGCUGAUCUCCACUCCCACCUGAAGAAAACACCUGUUUGUGAGACAAUCUACCAGUUGUUGUCAGUAUUCUGUCCACCAGUGUUUAGUCGCUGUUUACCGGGAAGGAACAAGAAGUGAGUACACACACAAAAAACCCAACAUAUUUCACUUUAUUUCCUGUAGCUGCAGUGCUAGUUGUUCAGUAGAGAGCUCUGGGCUGGACUGAAACAAAGAUUAAAGAAGUGAAGGACAAAAAUCUGACGCUAGUAUCGUGUAGCAACUAAUUGCUGCCAGAUGCACUCAUGUGAGCCUUUAGGUGGCGCUCACGCUCUCUGUGAUCAUUUGAUUGUGUUUCUGACCCUUUAAUUUGGCUGUUUGAACACAACUGAAUGUUUACACGAUAAAUAUACUCUUUAUACGAUGUUGGAUCGAUUUUCUGUAGCUGUCCAAACGUUAGUGUCAGUAGCUAUGUGAAGCCUUUAAGGGAUAAUUCAGUGCUGUGUCAAAAAAGCCUUUAACUUAAAUUCUUCUGAAGACUACUCCUUAUGGAGGUCUUUAAAGGUACCAAACGCCAAUUAUAUGCCAAAUCUUUAACAUUUCACUGUUUUCAUGCACAAAAAAACCUUAAAUAAUAAUUGAAGUGGAUCUUAUUCUUCAUAUACAGCUGGAUGUUUUACUUACAUAUCAGAUAAAUGCAACAAAUGUGCUCAUUUCUGUAUAAAAUGGAGCUGAGGAGUCGACAGGUGUUGCUUUCUAUUUCCACGUCAGCAGAGAGUAGCAGAUGACUGGUUUCUUUAUGUGUUCAUAAAUCAUCUAAAAGAUGCCCCGUGGAGUUUUAACUCUAGUUGUGCUGUUGAGCUGUUUCUAUAAGUGUUUGUUGUUUGUGUCAUACGUGGGAAAAGCAUGCGACCAGCAGCAUCACAUCCUCCCUCAGUCUGACAGAAUGAAUAACAGAGAAAACUGCUGGUAAACAAACAUAGAUGUAAACAGAAUGUAAACGGUAAAAAAUCAAAUGUCUUGUGAAGAAGGAAAUGCACUCAAUACAUCUGUUGGAUGUCAAGAAUUCACACAAUGUGUUUUGGUGACAAACUGUACACUGAAUGUAAAUAUAAAUGUUUACAAGAAAACUGCACGGGGCACCUUUAAGUUCAGUCCUUCAUUCACAGUUUAUUCUCCUUUAAACGCACAGAAAUGUGUGACGUAAGAUUUUACUGACUUAAUAAUUAGGAUCAUUGCCAAAUUAUCUUUAGAAAAGUAGAAUUACUGUAUUAAACUUUCAAUGUUCUUCAGUAAAAAGCAUCUAAAGCAGAGCCUCCAAAGGACUAAAACUGAAAGAACCACUUUAUCUCUGCUGUAAAUUAUUCUCAACUAAUUUAAAUAUUGAACUUAAAUAUUUUCUCACACAUACUUAACCCACUGUGUGACGUAGAUAAGCUAAACACACCUAAAAGGUGUUCCACAGGUGUGCACAGUGAGGAGCACAGUGUUAAGCUGCUACAGAGCACUAUAUCCUACAACACUUACACUAGUUUUGCUUCAUUGCACAAAUUGUUCAUGUAGUGAUUGUUUAUUUAUUUAUUUUUUUGGUUAUUCUUCCACAGGAUUUGUGCACUUGCAUACGAGGUAUGAAAAAAGUAUUAUUUAAGCAGCUCAGCUAUGAUUUUGAUAAUUUUGUUCAUUGUAAGUCAGCCUCAUUUUAUAUUUUUACUUUAUGAAACAGUAUUUGUGAUUUCAUAUGUUGUAAAUGUUGUACAGAAUCUAGUUACACUGUUUAUGUGCAAGUCAUUCUGCUUAUUACUGAGAGUUUGACACAGAAUCUGUGUAGAUUAUGGUAUAUAGUAUAGCACACUUGUGUCACAGCCAAAGUAUAUUUACCUGGAACAAUGAUAUUAAACAUGAUGAGAAAAAAAAAGAAGUCUGUCACAAUUCACAUGUGUUCACUUUGAUUUGUUUUACUUGUGUACCACACAUGACUUAUGAGUGACUAGAUGUGUAAAUAAAAUUCAUUUCCUUUGGCAUGACAAA